AUGGCGGAAUUCGUACAACGACGUAAGGAAGAAAUGAUUAUUGAAGUUCCAGUACUCAAUAGUCAUUUUAAGAAAUCUGCUGUGAAAAAUAUAUUGAACCAACGAGAAAAAUUUGAGUAUAGAUUGAUGCGUCGAAACAAACAAAAGUCAGAUUUUACUCUUUAUAUUACAUUUUUGAAAUCCGUUAUCAAGAGAGUUGAACAAAUGGGUUCAACAAGUACUGAAUCACUUAAGCUUGUUAAUCAGCACAAUAACCGAAUCAUAGACCUUUAUCGUGCGUCUCUAAAAUAUUUCAAAGAUGAUAUAUCCCUCUGGAAGGAAUACAUAAAAUUCCUGAUGAAAUGUGAUAAACUAGAGUUGUUACGGAGAGUUAUAAACAGUGCCUUGUUAUUACAUGGUCACAUUUCAGAUGCACUGUAUGUUUUUGCGGUAAAACAAGAAUUUGAAGAUUUAAAAAAUAUCCAAAAAGCAAGAGAAUUGUACACUGAUGGAUUACAUGCACAUAAGACUUCGUCAAAAUUACAUUUUAUAGCCUUUAAGUGCGAACUAAAAUAUUCAGAAAUACUCACACAAAAGUUGUUGAAAUCUGGGAAAGAGUUGAACCAAGAGGAUCCGGCAUUAAAUGGAUCUGUAGCUAAAAUAAUUUAUGAAUCGGCUAUAGAAAAUAUAAAAAAUGAUCAUGAUCUUUACUUCAAAAUGUAUCAAGAAGCUGCUCAAUAUAGUUUUUCAUUUGGUUUAUCAGAAGAAAUCAAAAAAUUUAUGUUGGCUACAUUUAGCAAGGAUCCAAAUUAUUGGGAUACUUUAGCUACAAAUGAACUGUUGAGUAAAUCUUCAAACACAGAAAAAUUUAAAAUUACAAAAUGCCUCGAUAGAUAUGACACUGCUCUUACAGUACUUGAUACAGACGAGAUGUGGGACAAGUAUUUGACAACUAUUUUAAAAGUAACAUCAGAUACUCAAAAAACAGAAGUUUAUAAAAGAAAUUUACUUAGACAAUCUAUGUUUAAUGCUCACAAGAAAAAUAAAUUGAAACCAAAACAUUAUAUUCAAUGGAUAAAUAAGUCAAAAAGUUCCAUGACCCCUGAAAUUUUGGAUUUGGCCAUCAAAGCAUAUCCAAAUGACACAAGUAUCUUAGAAAUUAAUAUAGAACAUAAAUUGACCGAUACAGAGGAACUAAAAGCUUACGAUUUAUUUAAACACAAUGCUAAUAAAGUUUCUCCCAGUAUUUGGCUUAAAGUCGUUGAUUAUUUUUUUAAUAAACCACAGAUUAGCGAUGUUUUCAAUAUGAUAUUUGGAGAUAAAGCUGUAUCUACUAAUGAAGUUAAACAAAAACUUGGAAAUGAGUAUUUGUUGUGGUUAAGCAAAAAUAAGUCGUUGAAUGAUGCUCGAAAUGCUUACUACAAAUUAAUCACAAAUAGUAGUUGUGAUGCAAGUCUAUGCAACACUAUAGUAACUCUAGAAACCGAACAACAGAAAAUAGAUAUCAGCAAGAUCAGGCAGCAUUUUACAUUAGCAUGCAUGCAGUUUGGUAAAACCGAUAUUGAUUUGUGGAUGGAACGAAUUUACUUUGAGCUAAAGUAUGGGUCACCAAAACUUGUUUCUGAUACAUAUCAUCAAGCGUUAACAACUUUGAAUAAUGAGGAGUCUGAUCAAUUUGCUGAACAAUAUUCAUCAAGGGUUUCUACAUUUAAUAAAAUUAGUAAAAUAUAA